GGUUUCUCUCAUACACUGUUAUUUGCUACUCAACAGAGGGCGUGGCCUUGCAAGGUUCGACGUCAUUUUUUCACACACCGUUGAUGGGCGUGGCCACCGUAUUCCAAAGUGGAUACGAAAUUUAUUGAUUGCUCCAGAAUGCGGACACUUCUCGUAUUCCUCGCUAUCCUAGCCGUUGCACUGGCUCAAAUGACCUUCACUGAUCAAUGGAAUAAGAGAAGCGGACUAUUCGAACCACUUGCACCACAGAGAACUUCGGGACGUUCAGCGUCAUGUAGUCGUCACGAGAUCGAUGAAAUGCUGCUUCAACUUGCCCAAGUUCAAUCCGCACAAAAGGAAAUUCUCGCCGAUCUAAACGCUUGCGCUGCAACGAAGAAAACACUCUAGGACCAUCCUAACAUCACCAUCAUCACGGUCCGCUGUUUGAUUCCGGGUCGAAUCGAGAACUAGAAAAGCAGAAAGAGAGUGCAGAAUUAUUUUUGCUAUCGUAAUCCAGGUGUUAUGGUAGUGUUACAAACGCUUUAAGCCACAUGUUCCAGAAUAUUCUCUUCUUCCCCUUAUAGGCGCAAUCUGUCUGUGAUUUUCCUGAACGUUAUUCAUUUAUAUUGGCGCGUUUUUCCAUUCGUGUUGUUUCCAUCGGAAAGUGAAUUAAAGAUCUCAGAAUGUUAUA